AUGAGGGUAACUGAAGCGGUGAUGACUGAAGCGAAGGUGACUGAAGGAAGAACUGAAGGAGGGGUGACUGAAGCGGAGGGUAUAGAGAGGGAACAGGGUUUGGAGUCAGGAGGGGCAGGGGAGGGCGAGAAAUCAACGAGAGAGAAAAAUAGGGGCCAAGAAGGUGUUGGGGAAGCAGAUGGGGCGGAAGAAGUGGAUGUGGGGGGAGAGGGGUGUGGGGAUGGAGAGUCGGAAGGAAAGGUUGACAAGGAGAGGGGAGGAGAUAAGGAGAUGGAGGAAGAGGAGGGCAGGAAAGGGAAUGGGGACAUGAAAGGUGAGGAGAGGGAUGGGAAGAAGGGUGAGGGGAGGGAUGAAGGGAAGGGUGAGGGAAAGGGUGAAGGUUGCAGUGACACUGGCGAGCAGGGUGAUAACAAGGGUCCGAAGGACGCCGUAGACGUGACUAUGGCGAAUGGAUCAGCCGAGGAUGGAAAGGAGAGAGGGGUGAAGGGUGAAGGGGAGAAAGGGAGUUGUGAUACGGCCAAGGAUACGGAGGGGGAAGGAGCAGGAAGGCAGGUGGAACCUCUGGAGAAGGGGGGUGGGGGAGUAGAGAAGCAGGAGCAGGGGGGAGGGAAGAUGGAGGAGGAUGAGGAGGGAGGGAGAAAAGGGGAGGAGGAGAGAGCAGGGGGGGGGAAUCUUACUGCUACAGAAGCUGCUGCUGCUACAGACAUGAACACUGCAGACGGCUCUGCUGACCGUGGCCCUCCUGGUGUACUCCCAUUGCCAGCAGAGCAGGGGCAGCAGGGGAUGGAGGCACCGCCGCCCGUGGCAGCGGAGCAGCAGCUGAUGGACCUCCGCCUGCUGGCGCUGCAGAACGCUGUGCUGCCCGCGCAUGGGGAGGGUGGGCGUGCUGAGGAGAAUGUGGCAGUGCCAGCAGCACCAGCAGCACCAGCAGCACCAGCAGCAGCAGCAGAGCAGGAGCAGGAGCAACAGCAGCAGCAUGAGGGGAUGGAAGCAGAGCAUGAGGCGAUGGAAGCAGCAGGGCAGCAGCAGCAGCAGCAGCACGAGAUGAUGGACAUGCGUCUCUUAGCGAUGCAGAACGUGGUGCUGGUGCAGGCAGCGAACGAGGAGGAGGAGAUCGACGUGCUAGAGGUGGACGAGGAGGAGGAGGAGCAGCUCAAGAAACAGAUGGGCGUGGGGGAGGGCGGGCCUGUUGAGUACAUGGUGCUGGGGGGAGCGGGAGAAGGCCCGGAAGGGGGAGUUGGGGGGGUGAUUGGGGGAGGAGGUGAAGCGGGGGUGAUGGGGGAUGGGGUUGUGGGAGAGGGGCAGGAUAGUGCUACUGCUGGAGUUGCUGCUGGGGUUGCAGGUGGGUUGGUGUCGGAACACCCGCCUGAUGCUGCUGCAGGUGGAAUCUCAGGUGCGGUGAUGGGCGGUGUCGCAGGUGUGGAGUCAGGUGGGGUGGCACUUCCGGUGGUUCCAGGUGGUGGUGGUGAAAGUGUUGCGGAUGUGGCUGGAUCAGCAGGUGUGGGAUCAGCAGGUGUGGGAUUAGCAGGUGUGGGAUUAGCAGGAGUAGCAUCAACAGGGUCACGAGAUGAUGACAUGGUGGCUUCUACUAUUCUCGGCCUCCUGCCCUCGCUCUGCCCCUCAACCCCUGGCUCUGCUGCUGCCGCUGCUGCAACUGCCGCUGCUGGCCUUACUUCUCCUGUCGCUGCUGCUGCUGGUGUUGCUGCUGCCGGUGUUGCUGUUUCUGGUGGUGCUAGUGUUACUGCUGCCGCUGGUGCUGCUGCUUCCCCGUCUCUGACUGAGCAGCAGCAGCAGCAGCAGCAGCAGCAGCAGCAGCAACGGCAAAGAGGGGAGGAGAGGGCACUCGGAGCUCUAGCCACUGCCUCGCCUGAAGGACGGACGGCGAAGAAAGGGGCGGAUUCUGAGAGGGAGCAGCAGGCAGGAGGGGUGGGCACGCGAAAGCGGAAGCAGCAGCAGCAGGGGGAUGGGGAUGGUGUCCCGUCUCCUGUAUACGAGCCCUUCGACCCUGCCUGUAAGCUCGCCUGCCUGCCUGUAAGUUCAUCGUACGCGAUUGGUGCAGCUCCCCGUCUCUCUCCCCCCCAUCCCCCAUCUCCCACCCAAACUCCUUUUCUUCUCCCAUCUCCCCACUCCAGCUCUCCAGGGCGUCACUCGACGCACGCGCCAUCACACCACCCGCCCUCCGCUUCAGUGUCUCAGUAUCCUCCACUCUCCCGCACUGACCCCCUGUUUCCCCCUCCGGCAACCCCACUUUCUGCAGCUCUCCAGGGCGUCACUCGGCGCACGCGCCAUCGCACCACACGCCCUGCCUCCCGCCUGCCCUUCAUGGCCCUGGACGGCCAAUCCGCCCUGCUCUCCCCCCACCACGCCGCCCUGCGCACCCAACCCCAAUCCCAAGCCCAAACCACGAGCCAGAGCCACGAGCAGCAACAGCAGCAGCAGCAGCAGCAGCAGCAGCAGCAGCAGCAGCAGCAGCAGCAGCAGCAGCAGCAGCUGCGGCAACAGCAUGCAUCGUCACCCGGUUCCUCUCCUGCCGCUGCUGCUGCUGUGCCUACCGCUCUUCCGCCGGUGGCAUCUCCUGCUGGUGUGACAGACAGCAAGGACGGCGUGCUCGGCAGAGGAAGGCGAGGUACGGCUGGGGGAGGUAUGGGUGGGGGAAGUAUGGCUGGGGAAAGUAUGGCUGGGGGAGGUACUGCUGAGGGAGGCUCGGUACCCGAAGCACCACUGGAAGCUUCACCUCUCAACGGGCCCGCCUUGGGACCAGGCGAGGGCUCUGGAGCAGCGGAGGCAGGGGAAGGCGCGGGGGCAGGGGGAGCAGGGGGGGCCGGGGAGGCAGGGGUGGCAGGGGGAGCAGGGGAGGGUGGUGCGCCGGCCCCUGCAUCCGCGCCUGUGCUGCAGGCAUACCACCGGCGACGACAGGAGCAACCACUUAGUGAGUGCGAGGGGCAACAGAGGCACAGAGAGAGCAUAGCCUGUCAAUGCCAGGGCUCUCAGUCUGCCUACCAGGGCUCUCAGGCUGCCUACCAGGGCUCUCAGUCUGCCUACCAGGGCUCUCAGGCUGCCUACCAGGGCUCUCAGUCUGCCUACCAGGGCUCUCAGUCUGCCUACCAGGGCUCUCAGGCUGCCUACCAGGGCUCUCAGUCUGCCUACCAGGGCUCUCAGGCUGCCUACCAGGGCUCUCAGUCUGCCUACCAGGGCUCUCAGUCUGCCUACCAGGGCUCUCAGUCUGCCUACCAGGGCUCUCAGUCUGCCUACCAGGGCUCUCAGGCUGCCUACCAGGGCUCUCAGUCUGCCUACCAGGGCUCUCAGGCUGCCUACCAGGGCUCUCAGUCUGCCUACCAGGGCUCUCAGUCUGCCUACCAGGGCUCUCAUCCGCUUUUCCAUAAAGAGCCUGUCAAUGCCAGAGCUCUCAGUGUGCCUGCCCGAGACAGCAUCUGUUGGUGCGCUCAAGUUUGCUGCUCACCUUGCUUGCUCCUUACUACAUGCCGCACGCACCCCCACUUCUGUGCUGCUGCUGUCGCCACUGGCGCAUCUCCCUCUUGCUGUCAUCCUGGGGAUCCCUCUCUUGCUGCUGCUGCUGCUGCUGCUGCUGCUGCUGCUGCUGCUGCUGCUGCUGCUGCUGCUGCUGCUGCUGCUGCUGCUGCUGCUGCUGCUGCUGCUGCUGCUGCUGCUGCUGCUGCUGCUGCUGCUGCUGCUGCUGCUGCUGCUGCUGCUGCUGCUGCUGCUGCUGCUGCUGCUGCGGCAGUGGCGGCGGCGGCUGAUGGUCCACUUGUCUCUGCUGCAUCCCCAUCCCACUCGCACCCCUCCCACAACACCCGAUCAAGCAUCGCAGCCGCUGCUGCUGCCGCCGCCGCUGCCGCCGCUGCAGCAGCAGCGGCAGCCGCAGCAGCAACACCAGGCAGCUCCCGCAGACACUCCAACCCUGUCACUCCCCUCCACCCAUCCUACCUCUCCCCGUCACACCUUUACGCUGCCACCUCUGGCCCUCACACUCCCGCAUCUGCCCCUUCUGCUGCUACCACCACCACGCCUACGACUAGACAAGCAGCAGCGCAAGCUUUGGCAGCGAUUCGAGCGCAGACAGAGCAUGAGCCUGGGGACGGGGCGGGGGGAGGGAGAAGCAGGAGGAGGCGGAGGAAUGACGAUGAGGAUUACCAGGAAGGGGAGGAAGGAGAGGAGGAAGAGGAGGAGGAGGAAGAGGAGGAGGAUGAGGAGUAUGAAGACGAAGACGGGUAUCAUUCGCCGUUUGGGCGGUAUUCUAGUAGCGGGUAUGCUUCUAAAGGAGCGCACUCCGGUGCUCUGAUUCUCCACCCAUCCGUCUCAGGGAGAGGCAGAGGGAGAGGCCGGGGCGGAGGAGGAGGAGGAGGAGGAGGGGCGUUGGCAUACCCGGGAAGAGCAGGAGGAGGGGGAGAGAGUGGGGCACUGGUGUUGCAUCCGCAUCAGCAGCACUUGCAGAGGGGGGGUGUGGGGGUGGGGGGAGGGGCGAUGAUGGUGCAUCCGAGGGCGAGGGGGGCGGCGGGGCUACAGCUGAUAGAGCAGAGGAGGAGAAUCAGGCGGCCGUUCACUGUGGGGGAGGUGGCAUCGCUGGUGGACGCUGUUGAAGUACUGGGCACUGGCAGGUGGAGGGAUGUGAAGCUGAGGGCGUUUGCCACGUCAAAACACCGCACCUACGUGGAUCUCAAGGACAAGUGGAAAACUCUGGUGCAUACGGCUCAGAUUGCGCCACAUCAGCGCAGAGGGGAGCCGGUGCCACAGGAGCUGUUGGAUCGAGUGGUGCAGGCGCAUAGCUACUGGCAAGAGCAGCUGAGAAUCCAACGCGAGGAACGAGACUCCUAA